CGGAGGAGGCGAUCAAGAGCUUUAGGACAAGACAUAUCUUUUACAAACCUUCCCUCCCCCGGUCACAGUCGUUCAAAGCCCCGACUAAUCUCGCCGCUGCCCCCUCAGCCUUUGGUUCGUCCAACAUUGGAAACUUCGAUGCUUCGCUCUCCGACGUCUCUGUCCUCUCUCUAAAACGUCUCCAUUGAGCCUGGGCUUUUCCCAUAAAGAAAGAGAGAGAGAGAGGGGGAGAAGGCAGGAGUGUGCUGGGACGGCAGAAUCGAUCGGGCUGGAAAGAGAAAGGGAGGAUUUUUGGAGGUAAAAAGUUGUGGGUAGUUCGUGGGUGGGGAUGCUGAUCGGUGGGCUCGUGCCUGAAUCGAUCCUCGCGUGAAUUCUCGGUGCGGAGGGAGGGAGGGAGGGAGGGGGUGGGAGGAAAGGUGUGUGCUUUUCCCGCUAGUGUUUGAGUUGGCGCUGAAUUACUGGAGUUCGUGGGGUGGCAAGGAGCAAUUGUAAUAAUUGGAAUUGAUGGGUGUCGAAUUUUGAUGGUUGGUGGAACUGCUGAGCUUGUGCUUGUGCUGUUGCCAUGGCGAUGGUGAGCCGCCCGCCUGUGUUAACGACAAGCGUGGAUCGGAUUCCGAUUCACGAAGUCGGAGUUUCGGCGAUUAUGGCGAGCAAAGGGGAAUCUGUGGCUGAACCGUCGACGCCGCCGGCGCCGGUCGAGGAUGAGAAGAUUUACGUCGAGGUCGGGAAUAAUGUGAAAGAGAGCAAAUCGACGCUUAUUUGGGCUGUGCGGAACUCUGGUGGCAAGAACAUUUGUGUUAUCUAUGUUCUGGUUCCUUCGCAGAAGAUGCGAAUGGAGGGACUUGGUGCUGAAAUUCUUGUGAGCCAAGCAACAGAUCAAAUGGUGAGAGCGCACAGGGAGACUGAGAGGCGAAACAUGCAUAUACUAUUGGAUGACUAUCUGCAGCUUUGUAGCCAAAUGGGGGUACAAGCAGAGAAACAGUUUACAGAAGCAGGCUCUAUUGAGAAGGGGAUUUUGGAACUUAUCCAGGUGCAUGGGAUCAGAAAACUGGUUAUGGGAGCAGCAGCAGACAAGCGCUAUUCCAAGAAAAUGAUGGAGCGCAAGUCCAAAAAAGCCAUUUCUGUCCGAGAUGAGGCACCUCCUUCUUGUCACAUUUGGUUUAUAUGCAAUGGUCAACUCAUUCAUACAAGGGAGGCUAGUACAGAUCAAGCUGAUACAGAAGUUUCCUCUCUGCGAGUUCCAGUUAACUCUACUCCUGAUCCCGGACUGCCAACUCUGUCGAGUCCAACGCCCGGGACGCCACGUAGGAAUGAUAUACCAAAACUGACAAAUCCAGUGCAAGAUAUGUUUAGCAGAGUAUUCUCUUCAAAUAGCGAGAGGCAUGGACUAAGGCCAUUUGUUUCUUCUUUCCCGGAGAGUCCUCCAGAACCAAUAAGCCCGUUGGAAAGAGAAGGGAGUUACCAUGAAACUGAAAAAGUAUUGAGGAGUCAUUCUCAGAGUUCAGUUGGUUCAUCAGGCUCAUCCAUUGGUGCAACUGAGAUGGUAUCCUCUCCACCUGUGAAGCCAGAAAUGAGCGAGAGUGGGGUAGAGAUGACUCAGUCAAACUGCAAUGAUGAGGACCCAGCUCCUUCCAUUAUGCUGGAUGUGAACAUGAAUGACAGUCUGCACAAUCAGCUUGAGCAAGCCCGAACAGAGGCUGAGGAUGCAAAGAUAGAUGCGUUUCAAGAGGCAUUGAGGCGUGCAAAAGCUGAGGAGGAUUUCAUGGACGUCGUGAGAAAGGUGAAAGCUUUGGAAAGCAUGCAUGCCGAGGAGCAUAGGCGAAGGAAAGAAAUUGAGGAAGAUCUUGCAAAAGAAGAAGAAGCACUCAACAAGAUUAAGAAUGAGCGAGAUGAAGUCGUAGAAGAACUUCGUAUUGCCUUGGAUCUGCAGUCAUCAUUAGAGAGCCAAAUUGCAGAAACAGAUCAAAUUGUGGUGGAGCUAGAGCAGAAGAUCAUUUCUGCUGUUAAACUUUUGCAGAGUUAUCGUCACGAGCGAGAUGAGUUGCAGAUUGAGCGUGACAUUGCACUCAGAGAAGCCGAGGAGUUGCGGAGAACACAAGGUGAUACCUCAAGUGGGACCUUUCCACAGUACUUCUCUGAGUUUUCUUUUUUAGAAAUUCAGGAAGCAACUCAAAACUUUCAUCCAUCAUUAAAAAUUGGAGAAGGCGGCUAUGGGAGCAUAUACAAAGGUUCCCUUCGUCACACACAGGUGGCUAUCAAAAGGCUGCAUUCUCAUAGCAUGCAGGGUCCUCAGGAAUUUCAACAAGAGGUGGAUGUCUUGAGCAAGGUGAGGCAUCCGAAUCUAGUCACACUGAUCGGAGCUUGCCCAGACGCUUGGGCUCUUGUCUAUGAAUAUCUGCCGAAUGGAAGCCUUGAAGAUCGACUCAGCUGCCGUGACAACACGACACCGUUAUCGUGGCAAACUAGGAUACGGAUUGCCACUGAGCUCUGCUCAGUCCUCAUCUUUCUUCAUUCUAGCAAACCUCACAACAUUGUGCAUGGAGAUGUAAAGCCGGCUAAUAUCCUUCUAGAUGCCAACCUCGAGAGCAAACUGAGCGAUUUUGGCAUCUGCCGCCUGUUAGGUGAUGGAAAAUCCAGUGACAACAACACUCUUUUGUAUAGAACUGAUCCAAAGGGAACCUUUGCAUAUAUGGAUCCGGAGUUCCUCUCUACAGGAGAGCUCUCUACCAAGUCCGAUGUAUAUUCCUUCGGGAUAAUACUGCUGCGGUUGUUGACAGGGCGACCUCCCUUGGGAAUAUCAAAGGAAGUGCAAUACGCACUCAGUAGGAAAAAUUUGAAAUCCCUCUUGGAUCCCGUGGCUGGAGACUGGCCCUAUGUGCAAGCUGAGCAGUUGGCCAAUUUAGCUCUGAGGUGCUGUGAGAUGAACAGAAGGGAUAGGCCAGACCUUGGGUCGGAUGUGUGGAGAGUACUUGAACCAAUGAGAGCUUCUUGUGGAGGCUUCUCGUCAUUUAGGAUAGGUCCUGACGAACGGUGCCAACCACCUCCUUAUUUCAUUUGUCCAAUUCUGCAGGAAGUCAUGCAAGAUCCACAAGUCGCCGCAGACGGAUUCACUUACGAAGCAGAGGCUUUGCGAGGAUGGCUUGAGAGUGGCCACGAUACUUCACCUAUGACGAACCUCCAGCUUGCACACAGAAAUCUUGUCCCUAACCGCGCACUCCGCUCUGCUAUCCAGGAGUGGUUGCAGAACCAUUAAGUGUUGAUAUUUGCUCGUGUUUUCUUCUCGCAAUACUUCCUGAAAAAUGCUUAUCAAUUUCAUCCUUUCCCCUUCUUCUUUUUUGGCUUUUUCAGUUUCGCUUGUAUUAGGAGGAUGUUUUUCUUACACACACCUUUACUAUGUCCCUGUAAUGUAUGCAGGACCCGUGGGAUCAUUUUUACACUUGUACAGAAGACAGCACAUGUACAUUAUUAGCUCUAUGUGAUACACAGCAGUUUCCAUUUUUCUUU